AGUACUCUCAGAAGUUGUGCAUGCCUGUUGCCAGUUGAAAAGUACAGGUUUAUUCCCUCGUGUUAAAUCAAAAGUUACGCAGCUGAGCCCGACUCUAACCUAACCGAGAGCUAUUACGACAACAUUAGUAGAAUGUAGCUUUUUAACCGCGUUUUACUCGACAUCCUCAAAUUAAACAGCUGCCACCGUGUUCAAGAAGAUGGAGGAAGAUGGGGAGCCUCCUGAAGAGUAUGUUGCACUGUGCAACUUUACCGGAAACGGCAGCGAACAGCUUAGCGUCAACAGAGGCGACCGACUGAUCGUGCACGCCAAACCCUCCUCAGAGUGGUGGUGGGCGGAGCUACAAGGGGUCAACGGUUACGUCCCUGCUAGCCACCUCCACCAGGGGGAUGCAGCUGAAGAAGAAGAGGACCCAUGGCAGAAUGAAGAGUACUUUGGCAGUUAUGGCACACUGAAGCUACACUUGGAGAUGUUGUCAGACAAGAGCCGCACAGAAGCCUACAGGCAGGUCAUCGUCCACAACAGCGCUUCCUUGCAAAGUAAAGUGAUAAUGGACCUGGGCUGCGGUACGGGCAUCGUGAGCCUGUUCUGCGCCAAGCUCGCUCAACCUACAGCGGUGUAUGCCGUGGAGGCCAGCGCCAUGGCCGAGUACACGAGGGAGCUGGUGAGGCAGAACGCAUGUGAAGGGGUGGUCACGGUGCUGCAGGGGCGAGCAGAGGAGGUGCAGCUUCCUGAGCAGGUAGACGUUCUGGUGUCGGAGUGGAUGGGAAACUGUCUGAUGUUUGAGUACAUGGUGGAGUCCGUCCUGCUGGCAAGAGAACGCUGGCUGAGGGAGGGCGGCACCAUGUGGCCCUCCUCUGCAACCCUCACCCUGGUGCCAUGUCAGGCCCACAGCUACUACGCAGAGAAAAUGGCCUUCUGGGAGAACACCUACGGCCUGGACUUCACCCCUCUUCAGCCUCUCGCACUGCAAGAGUUCUUUGCCAAACCCAAGUUCAGCCAUGUGACGGAGCGGGACGACUGUCUCGCCUCUCCCCAUGAUGUCCUUCGCUUGGACAUGUACACGCUGCAGGUGUCCGACCUGGAGGAAAUGGAGGGUCAGUUUCAGUUUUGCCUGGAAAGGUCAGGCCAGUUCCACGGCUUCACUGCCUGGUUCAGCGUCUGCUUCGAGAGCCUGGAGGAAGGCGGCGCACCAGUAGAGCUCAACACCGGACCUAAUGCUGAACCAACACACUGGAAGCAGACUCUGUUCAUGCUGGACAAGCCUAUGGUUGUUCACGUUGGCGACCGCGUACAAGGAAGCGUCAUUCUGCGCAGGAACCCCGUGUGGAGGCGUCACAUGACCGUCACCUUGCACUGGGACGUCAGCGGCAGCGUGCACGAGGCCGGGAGUAAGACCUUCCCCAUGUGGAGGUGACAGCUUCUCACAAUCUGCUCCAAGAUCUCAGAAGAUUUCAACUUUGCACUCUGUUGAAUUGAGUAAGUGUACAGUAAUUAUUUUAAAGUUCCAUCAAAGUGGAAAAAGAAGUUAUCCACUGGGCAGUUUUCUCAAAUCACAUUAUACUUGAAAUAAAUGCACACGGACAAAGAUUCAACUAAGCCCUGGGCAAGUCUUUUGCUAAUCAAAACAGCCGCACUUACGGAAUCUAUUUAGCCCACUCGGCUAACUAAAGCAUGGGGAUUGUAAUAUGUGGACUUUGCAUGUUCUCUCUGUUCUUGUGUAGG